CCGGGUAAAAAUUUGGUUCUGGGAACAGGGCAAGUUUCACCUGAGGAUAAGCAGGGACACCGGGGAUCAUGGCUCUUCCCGCAGCAGGUGGAGGGAAUCCCCCACCUGGCCCCCCGUUGUCCCCAGGGGAACUCACAAAGAUCAGGGAGUCAGCGAGCAAGUGCUAUGACGAAGGCGUGUGCCUUGACGACAACAACCUGGGGAGGGUAGUGGAAGACGCACAAGGAAAGAGGUUUGUGGUGAACGAGGCAGUCAACGAGGUGAAGGAACAAUGGUUGAAGGAGAGAUCAGUCGUGGUCAUAUUCCAGGGGGAGGUACAAAAAUUGGCCAGAUCAGUGAAGGAGGACCUUAUCCGAGCCUACGAGGACGGGUGGACAGCGAAGAAGCUGUUUCAUCCUACGCUCAAAAGAGGCAGAGUUAAAUUCGAAGACCCCAACGUCGCAUCAUACGUCGCCAGAGCUAAGGAAGUGGCGGUAUGGCUGAUCCAACAGAAGGAGAUGAAAAUUACUCUGGGCUCCGACGAAUACCAAGUCCUGUUCAAGCCAAGAUUGUCCAAACAGGAGAUGCAGGACGUCAGGAUCCAGGAACCGGAGACCAAAUUCUGGAUCAUUGCCCUGAGAGUCCAACUGGAGGCGUAUUACUACCUAGCAAGUGCAGUGAAAGGAAUCUUUGGGGACUUCUUGGAGAUGCACUCGCCGGAAUACGAUAAGGACAGGCCAAAGCUGAUGAACGUCAAGAUCGACAUGCCUCCGAUAGCGUGGGCCAAGGUCGAUGACGAGCUCUUCAUCCAACCUCCGAAGGGAGAGGUGUGGAAAGUGGAAGUAGUCUCACCAUAUACCGACUGGUGCCGUCGGUGUAAAUGGUACUACCACACUGAAGAGAACUGCCCCAGACACAAGCAGAGCGAAGAGGGUCGUGGGGGGAACAGAGGCAGACAGGGAGGUCAUAAAGUUUGGGCCCCCGCCCAAGGCACCCGAGGGGGAGUGGGGAUUCUUCUGCACCGGGACCUGCAAGCGCAGGUGAUAGACUCUAAGACGAACAUCUGGGGAAGAUGGGCUUGGAUAAAGAUUGGGGUAGGGAACGAAGAAUGGGUUAUCAUGACAGUCUACGCUCCAACUGAUGUGGGAAGAAGGGCGUCCUUUUUCGCAAGAUUGAUGCUACAUGUCCCAAAGGCAGACAAACUCAUGAUCACAGGGGAUUGGAAUGUGUCUUUUGAUGAAGUACUGCGUGUGGGCUCGCAAUCUGCAAACAGAAAGGACGCUCAAACGCUGUUGGAGUUCAGCACGGAACUGGAGCUGGUAGACCCGUUCCCAAUCCUAAACCCGGAUGACCCUAGGUACACUUGGGUAUCAAACCUGUACCACAACAGACAGUUGGUCACAAGAAGGCGACUUGAUUACUUUCUGCUAGCGGAACAGCUGAUGGAGAAAGUGACUAGGGUGCGCCAAGUGGGGAACCCAGUGUCGGAUCACAAGCCAGUGAUAGAAGUUAUUAGACUGCACCUGGGGGUGGAGAGGGGGAGAGGUUUCUUUCGAGUGAACAGCCAGAUCUUGGAGGUGCCAGGUGUAAACCAAUGGGUGUCCGAUCACAUGUCCUGUUGGGAUAGCACCAAACCUUUCUUCGACUCUACAGCAGAGUGGUUAGACAGACGUAUAGCCAUUACCUCAGGAGUGUUGGACGUGGUUUCCCGGAUACUAGCAAGAACAAGGAACAAGAGAGAAGCGGACUGCAGGAGGAGAGUGAAGGAAGCCGAGGACCGAAUGGAGGGACAUCCGAUCUUAGUAUUGGUAUGGGCAGCAGAGAGAAAAAGAAGAAUGGCGGAAUGGGAUGCCCUGCAAGAAGGAAAGCAGAACAGGUGGUCGGAUCUGUUGAAAGAGAAGGGGAUUGAGACACACGACAAGAUGUCGAAGGAGACGUUUCAAAAGUUGCUGCCAAGCCGUAAUGCACAGCAGAUGAUCACAUUGAAGCAUCCCUUCGAUGGUUCGGCCCCUCUAGCAUGCACGGCGACAGGCAUGCUGAAGUACGCGAGAAUGUACUACGAGGACAUCCUUACAACGAGGAGGCCAAUGGACGACUUGAACACGGACCUGUCAGAAGCAUCAGACAUGUGGGAGGACACCACAGUGAGGCUACAGACUACGGCAAAGCUGGACCUGGACAGACCCCUCACGCUAGAAGAGUUAACACAAACAGUAAAAUCGAUGGCGAAGGGCAAGUCCCCGAGAGUCGAUGGACUAACGGUAGAAUUUUACACCGCAAACUGGGGAGUAUUCGGUCCCCUGCUGGUAGAUCUGUAUAACGGAGUCCUAGAGGGCAGUCGUUUGGGCAAGGGCAUGACACACGAAGUAAUCGCAGUUCUAUUCAAGAAGGGGGACAAGUCGGAAGUUAGAAACUGGCAGCCGAUAUCGCUACUAAACGUGUCAUACAAGAUUUUGGCAAAGUCGCUAGCCCGCCGCCUCUCAAAAUACUUGCCAGACCUGGUGGAGAGAGAUCAAGGGGCCUUUGUGCAGGGACGGUCCAUCUUCAACAACAUAGUGACGGCGAUCGAGAUGCUCGAGGUGGUGCAGAAGGAGAAUUUGGACGUCGCAGUCCUGCUCCUUGACCUGGAGAAAGCGUACGACAAAGUGGGGUGGACCUUUGUCCUCACCACGCUGAGGAGGAUGGGCUUUGGUAACAAUUUUUGUGCCUGGAUCAUUGCCAUGUACACCCACGCUUCGUCAGCGAUCAUGAUUAACGGGCACCUGUCCGCUCCGUUCCCAUUGACAAGGUCGUCAGGGGUGCCCACUGGCUCAUUUAGUCUUCGUACUACAAAUGGAGGUGUUGCUAAACAAGAUCAGAUGACAUCCGGACAUCAGAGGUAUGAAGCUGCACAAAGGCGAGGAAUACAAGGUUAAGGCACUGGCGGACGACCUUUUCAUGGUGAGCGAGAACACAGUGAC